AAGUUGGGGACUGACUGAAAGGUCAACUUUGAAAAGUAGUCGGUGCCCGUCUCGUGGGCUGGGGAGCCGGGCAGGUCUGGAUGUGAAUGGCAGCCCCACUGCUCAGCAGGCUUUGUAGCCGUGGGACAGUUCCUAAGCCUCCCUGGUCAUCACCAAAUAGGUGACAGCCUCCACUCAGGCUGGAGCAAUCAAUCCCCGGGGCCUCACGCAACUGGAAUAUUAGGGAAGCUAAGACUCUAUGAAGACAGAGCUCAGGCUCCUGUCUGCUGUCUGCCCUUCAACACACUCAACACACACACACACACACACACACACACACACACACACACACACACACCCCGUUUCAUUAGCUCCAGGCAGCUGGGACUUGAGAGGGUCCCGGGUGCAGCAGAAUGCUUAGCUGUGUUCCCAGGAGUCUCUCUCUCAUCCCUGUAUGUUGCCCAUAUCCCAAUGACUGGAAGAGGAAAGCCCUCCUCCGCUGGGCUCCCGUCUCAUCUGGACCACUGUCCUUCCCCUCGCUUCCCUCCCUUUGGUCCCUGGGGAAAGUAUGGAUUUCAGAUCAAGUGGAAUCCCAGCCUGGCCACUUAAGAGCUGACUGGCAGCCGCUUCAUAUCUCUGGCCUCAGUGUCUUGUCUGAAAACUGGAUCAACGUGUGUGGAGGUCAGAAGUUGGCACCGAACGUCUUCCUCGGCCACUUUCCGCCCAGGUGUUUGAGACAGUCUGUCACAGAGCCGGGAGCUCACCGGUGCCACCUGUGAGGACCAGCCAGCUGCCGGAGGGCUUGCCCAGGAGGCUGAAGAAGGCCUCUUCACUUAUGUGUUCCGGCCAUCCCAACACAUGCGCAGCCACCAGGUGACUUCAGCCCAGCUGUGGUUCCACACGGGGCUAGACAGGAAGAACACAGUGACCUCCAAUGGUUCUGCGCCCCUUCUAGACCUGCUGGUGCUGUCAUCUGGGGGGCCCACAGCUGUGCCUGUGACCUUGGGACAGGGCCCUCCUCGCUGGGCUGUACUGCACCUGGAGGUCUCUGCUCUCCCUCUGCUGACCCACCCCAUCCUUGUCUUGCUGCUUCGAUGCCCACUCUGUUCCUGCUCAGCCCGGCCCGAGACCACGCCUUUCCUGGUGGCCCACACUAGGGCUAGACCACCCAGUGCGGGGGAGAGGGCCCGCCGUUCGACUCCCUCGAUGCCCUGGCCUUGGUCUCCUGCCGCUUUGCGUCUGCUGCAGAGGCCUCCCGAGGAACCCGCUGCGCAUGCCCACUGCCAUCGAGCUGCGCUCAACAUCUCCUUCCAGGAGCUGGGCUGGGACCGCUGGAUUGUGCACCCUCCUAGUUUUAUCUUCCACUAUUGCCAUGGUAGCUGUGGGGUGCCCACAUCUGACCUGCCCCUGCCGCCAGUCCCUGGGGUUCCCCCUACCCCUGCUCAGCCCCUGUUUCUGGUGCCAGGGGCCAAGCCCUGCUGUGCCGCUCUGCCAGGGAGCAUGAGGUCCCUUCGUGUCCGAACCACCUCAGAUGGAGGUUACUCUUUCAAGUAUGAGAUGGUACCCAACCUUAUUACACAACACUGUGCGUGUAUCUGAAAGCAUCUUGUUUCCUCAUCCAUCCCACAGCCGAUGGCCGCCGUCAUCAGCUAGGAGGAAACCAGGGUGUGGAAAACAGACAGUUUCCGUGUCCUCUUCCCUACACUUUUCUGUCUGAGGGCCCCAUACCCUAUUCCAUCCUGCUCUUGAGGAUAACAAUAAAUAAAGAAGAGUGUGUGACUUGGCA